UCGCAGACUGGAAGGAGUGCUCGGGAGGUCAGUAUUGCUGUGUAACAGACUGGGAGGAGUGUGCGGGAGGUGAGUAUCGCUGUGUAACACACCGGGAGGAGUGUACGGGAGGUCAGUAUCGCUGUGUAACAGACCGGGAGGAGUGUACGGGAGGUCAGUAUCGCUGUGUAACAGACGGGGAGGAGUGUACGGGAGGCCAGUGUCACUGUGUAACAGACUGGAAGGAGUGUGCAAUGAGUCAGUAUCACUGUAACAGACUGGGAGGAGUGUGCAGCCGGUCAGUAUCGCUGUGUAACAGACCGGGAGGAAUGUGCGGGAGGUCAGCAUCGCUGUGUAACAGACCGGGUGGAGCGUACGGGAGGUCAGCAUCGUUGUGUAACAGACCGGGAGGAAUGUACAGGAGGUCAGUAUCGCUGUGUAACAGACCGGGAGGAGUGUACGGGAGGUCAGCAUCGGUGUGUAACAUACCGGGAGGAGUGUACGGGAGGUCAGCAUCGCUGUGUAACAGACCGGGAGGAGUGUACGGGAGGUCAGCAUCGCUGUGUAACAGACCGGGAGGAGUGUAUGGGAGGUCAGCAUCGCUGUGUAACAGACCGGGAGGAGUGUACGGGACGACACCAUCGCUCUGUAACUUACCGGGAGUAGCGUACGGGAGGUCAGCAUCGCUGUGUAACAGACCGGGAGGAGUUUACGGGAGGUCAGCAUCACUGUGUAACAUAUCGGGAGGAGUGUACGGGAGGUCAGCAUCGCUGUGUAACAGACCGGGAGGAGUGUAUGGGAGGUCAGCAUCGCUGUGUAACAGACCGGGAGGAGUGUACGGGACGACACCAUCGCUCUGUAACUUACCGGGAGUAGCGUACGGGAGGUCAGCAUCGCUGUGUAACAGACCGGGAGGAGUGUGCGGGAGGUCAGUAUCGCUGUGUAACAGACCGGGAGGAGUGGACGGGAGGUCAGUAUCGCUGUGUAACAGACUGGGAGGAAUGUGCGGGAGGUCAGUAUCGCUGUGUAAAACACCGGGAGGAGUGUACGGGACGUCAGUAUCGCAGUGUAACAGACCGGGAGGAGUGUGCGGGAGGUCAGUAUCGCUGUGCAACAGACCGGGAGGAGUGGGCAGGAG